UCCAAACUGAACCCCCAUCACCAUCUAUCGUCACCAUCACCACCACUGAACAAUAUGUCGCCCGCCUUAUACACCCCCACCCAAAUAUCCGCCUACCUAACCCGUCUCGCCAUCCCCGCCUCCUCCCAAAAAACAUCCAUAACCUCUCUCGACCCCGACUCGGCUCUGACCUACCUCGCAUUACUGCAACGCCACCAUCUAGCCACCAUCCCCUUCGAGAACCUAACUCUGCACUACUCGCCGCACCACCAGAUCACUCUGCACCCGGACGAACUGUACCGUAAGAUCAUCGGCGAUGCGAAUGGCCGCGGCGGGUACUGCAUGGAGAACAACAGCCUGUUUGGCGCGUUGUUGAAGAGUUUGGGGUACGAGGUUUACUCCGCGGGGGGCAGGGUGUGGACUGGAGAGACGUGGACGGGGUGGUCCCACAAAAUCAAUAUUGUAAAGAUUGGCCCCCAGAAAUUCCACGUAGACGUCGGCUUCGGCGGUCCAGGUCCGACGACCCCCAUGCCGCUCUCCUCCUCCCCUCCCUCCGCCCCACAACCUCACAUCUCCCCCGCGACCGCCCGUCUCCAAUGGAAGAACAUCACCGGGAAUACUGACUCUGACCAACGUCUCUGGGUCUACGAGCACAAGCCCACCGCCGACGCAGACUUCACCCCCGUGUACUGUUUCACCGAGCUCGAGUUUCUGGACAACGAUUACCAGAUUAUGAAUUACUUCACCAGUACUUCGAAUAAGAUCUUUUUUACUCGUAUGGUGAUGCUGGAUAGGAAGGUUAUGGGGGAGGGCGGGGAGUUGGUGGGGAGCGUGUCGGUUAAUCAGGAUGUGUUGAAGAAGAGGAUUAAUGGGGCCAAGGAACUCGAGAUCAAGUUUGCCAGUGAGGCGGAGAGGGUUGGGGCUUUGGAGGAGUAUUUUGGGAUUAAGUUGACCGAGGCGGAGAGGGAUGGGAUUAGAGGACUGCCUUCAGAGAUCAAGUAG